AUGGCAAAAUGUGUCUGUGGAAGGCAAUUCAGCUCCAAUGAUGCUUUGAUUCAACAUCAAGAUGCGAAAUCUCAGAAUGGCAACAGCUGUAGCGAUGGCUCUGCACCCAGUAAAAGGCUGCCCUGGAGCGAGCGAUGGCUCUGGCACAAUGCCCGAGGUCGCGACGAACCUAUAUCGAUUGUUCAGAGCCAUGCACUCGAAGCUUCAUCCAUGGCUGUCAGUAGCACGGUGGAAAGUGAGCUGAUAUGUACCUAUAACUGGCAAGAAUGCGAUGAAGCCAGGAUUUACGUCCCAGGUUGUGCACCACGCUGGCGAAAUAACACACUGCCAAUCACUUUACGAGAGGAUAAGGGAUCCUACUUUGUACAUCAGAAUGCUGCACGUAUCCCAAAGUAUGCUUUCGAGCCCGUCUUUCGAGCCUCGGCCUUGCUGAACCCCGGCUUUCGCUUCGAUAACGUGGACAUCGUGGCAAACCGUAACAGCCUUCGAAAGUUGUUUGAUUUUUGCGGUGGCCGCGUCAACAGCAACUUCAAAGUCAACCUUCCAAUUGUGAAGAACACACUAUUCAUCGAGCGUUGCGAAAUGAGCGCACGCGAGCUCAUUCGGGGUUCGAACAGAAGUGGUUGGGGCCACAACUUUGAGAAGGCUUUCACCAGCUUUCCGUCGGGUGCAGAUGACAGCUCUGGACAUCAUCGCGUCCUUUGCUACUCGAUCGGAGAUUUACGCUGCGCAGUGCGCUUUGAAGUGGAUGCCUGCUACGACAUGGAUAAUGCGGAAAGUAAUCAAGUUGACUCACUGCUGUUGCAAAUCAAUGCACUUUCUUUAACGGAGUCAAGUACAGAUAGAUCAUGUCCACCUGCGAUGAUGCCCCAGUCCACAGCAGCAGAACUCAAAUCGGCCCAGAAACCGAAGUCAGUUGGGAUAUACCUCCCGCAGCUGUGGUUUGGUCGAACUCCUUGGCUCAUCAUUGGCUAUCAUACGAAGGGUACUUUUCAUUCAGUAAAGGUCACACAUACUCUGCCGUUAUUUCAAAAUUGGGAGAAAGACCAUCAGUCCGAACUGCGAAGAAUGGUCACACUACUCCAUGCGCUGCGAGGUGCCGUGAGGCGGAAUAAUGGGAGAAACUGUACUGCAGUAUGCGAGAAAACCUCCAACGCCAAGGUGAUCAAAAUUUUUCAGUCAACGGACCGCAAACGAGCACUCCCUGAGGAGUUGAUUAGCCAAUUCUGGGCCUCUACAUGCUAG